AUGUCAGACCUUUUCGCCGAGCUUACGGCACCCAAUGGGCGCAAGUACACCCAGCCAUUGGGCCUGUUCAUCAACAACGAGUUUGUUCCGGCCAAAUCAGGACAGAAGAUCUCAUCAAUUAACCCCACUGACGAGUCAGAGAUCGCGUCCGUACACGCUGGUGGAGCUGAAGACAUUGAUAUCGCAGUCAAGGCCGCCCGAAAAGCACUAAAGAAUCCCUCAUGGAAAGAAUUGCCUCCGACAGACCGCGGAAAGCUCAUGGUCAAGCUUGCAGAACUGGUUGAGAAGCACAUUGAGACCCUGGCGACGAUUGAAUCUUGGGAUAAUGGCAAGCCCUACUCUGUUGCCGUCAGCGAGGACUGUGUCGAAGUUGCCGAAACCCUGCGGUUCUAUGGCGGGUUCGCAGACAAGGUCUACGGAACCACCAUCACCACCUCUCCCGCCAAGUUCGCCUACACACUACGCCAACCCAUUGGUGUCGUUGGUCAGAUUAUCCCGUGGAAUUACCCAUUGGCCAUGGCUGCAUGGAAACUCGGACCUGCUUUAGCCUGCGGCAACACGGUGGUGCUUAAGCCCGCCGAACAGACUCCUCUUAGCAUCUUGUACUUUGCGAACCUCAUCAAGGAAGCUGGCUUCCCCCCUGGUGUUGUGAACAUCGUCAAUGGCUAUGGUAAAGAUGCCGGCACAGCAAUUGCAUCUCACCUGGAUGUCGAUAAGAUCGCCUUCACUGGCUCCACAGCAACUGGAAGACAGGUCAUGAAGACAGCUGCCGUCAAUUUGAAGAACAUCACGCUAGAGACCGGAGGAAAGUCGCCACUCUUAGUCUUUGAAGACGCAGACAUGGAACAAGCUGCUAAAUGGGCACACAUUGGUAUCAUGUCAAACAUGGGCCAAAUCUGCACAGCGACAUCACGUAUCUUGGUGCAGGACACCAUCUACGACAAGUUCAUCGCCCAGUUCAAAGAAAUUGUUGCGUCGACCAGCAAAGUCGGCGAUCCGUUUGCUGAUGACACUUUCCAAGGCCCCCAGGUCACAAAGGCGCAAUAUGACAGAGUGCUCUCAUACAUUGAAAGCGGUAAAUCCGAAGGCGCCAAACUCGAAUCAUGCGGUGUUCCACACAAGAACGUCGGCGACGGCAAGGGAUUUUUCAUCGAGCCAACUAUUUUCAGCAACGUGACGGAUAACAUGAAGAUCUACCGCGAGGAAGUCUUUGGACCCUUCGUCGCCAUUGCCAGUUUCAAGACGCAAGAUGAGGCCAUCGCCAAAGCGAACGAUACUACGUACGGUUUGGGCGCGGCAGUGUUCACUCGGGAUAUCGAACGAGCUCACCGCGUUGCUGCUGAAAUCGAAGCCGGUAUGGUCUGGAUCAACAGCAGCAACGAUAGUGACUUCCGUAUUCCGUUUGGCGGUGUCAAGCAAAGCGGUAUUGGAAGAGAACUGGGCGAGGCUGGAUUGGAGGCAUAUUCGCAAACAAAAGCUGUGCAUGUAAAUAUGGGAACAAGGCUAUGA